AUGAACGCCAACGGACAAUUGCAUGGCGCUGUGCGCUCGCCUUUGGCCGAGUACAACAGCCCUGCGCACGAGCAUGAGCAUGGGCAUGGGCAUGGGCAUGAACGCUCUGGCUCCAACGGUUCCACACACACGCUGAAACCUUUCUGGAAGGGAAGGCCAAAAGGGCUGCAAAGAGGGGAAUCGGAUCUGGGUCGCUCGCCAGCGAGGAUUGCACCUGCGGCUGGAGGAUAUGGAUUCUCGCCAGUAUCACCCAUACAAGAGUCUCCAGCACAUGCGCCUCCGCCUCCCGUUUCUUCGUCGUGGCUAGAACUUCCCGAAGCCCUUACCGCGCUCCUCAUACCUCUCCCGUAUCUUUUUGCCUCGCUAGCAUACCCCACUGGCGUCGUACGAGACUCCAAGCUGCCCUCGACUCUAUCAGAAGCCGCAGUAGAGAGUACACCCGCACUCGAAUCCGUCACGGGAACAAGCGGCUUCCCAUUACUACAUGCGCUCGCUCUUUCUUCUGCAACACUAUUACUCGUCGGUGUGAUUGCCAAAGUUAACUCCAGUCUACAACCGCUGGACAGGCGGAAAGAAGACAAGGGCACAUUCAACAUCAGCAAUGCGCCCAAACGGGUGGCAAGCAACAUAACCAGCGUACUGCUGCCCUUCUACGCAUCCCUACACCUAGGAGGAGCGAAGACAGCAUUGGUGAUAUUGGUGGCAGUGGCUGCGGGAAUUGGCGCCCUAGACCAGAAACCUGGGAAACACACUCCUUGGGACGAUAUCCGGCGGACAUUAAGGACCAGAAAAGCGACUUGCGGCGCCCUUUUCGUAGGCAUGACCGCUGAUAUAGUAACAUCUGGCAACGUCACCGGCAGCCUGAUCGGUUAUCUGGCGCUUUUGGUAUCGCUGUUCCUGGUCCCUCCGCCUCUACCCACAGCAGGCUGGUCAUUGAUGACGGGACCAAAGAGCCAGGACUCAUACAUGACUCAAAAGCCAUCUCGCGCAUCGCUGCCAAAACCUUCCUCGCCAUUAGUGAACAACACCGAGAAUCAGCUACUCACCAUCGUGUCAGGCCUUGCCCUCACUGUUACAACUAUUCUGUAUUCACUCGUUUCGUCUGCGACUCCCUCUUUAUCGACCCACGCCCUGGGAUUCUCAACUUUAUCGGUUGCAUCUACGACAGCGCUUGUAUUCCUUUCACUUCCAGCAUCAUUACGGAGUCAAAAACAAGUGGGAUUGAGAUUGAGUGGCAUCUUCAUCUUCGCCUUGAGUUUCCUGGAACAUAAUUCAGUUGGCCAUUUCAAGAUUGUGUUCCCUUGGGUUUGCGCUAUGAUGAUCGGGGCGGUCGGCUUUGACACCCGUUCGCCUGUACCGCAUUCGCACGAUCAUGGGCAUACGGGCCACAAGCAUUCGCACGGUCACGACCACGGACAUAGUCAUGACCAUCAUCUUCAUGGUGACCACUCUAGAAUCUCGGCAUUCCUUAUCGCGCGCGCGACUCCGGGUUCGAUUGUACAUAGUGUGCUGAUCGAGCGGGACUCGCGACGCAUUGCGUACUUUGGCGUACUUAACCUUUCCUUCAUGAUGGUCCAGUUCUUCUACGGCUUCGUUAGCGGGUCAUUGGGGUUGCUCACGGAUAGUAUCCACAUGCUCUUCGAUUGCGCUGGUCUCGCUGUGGGACUUGCGGCGGCAGUGAUGAGCAAGUGGCGCCCCAAUGCUCGCUUUCCAUACGGCUAUGGUAAAGUAGAUACAUUGUCUGGUUUCGCAAACGGCGUUUUUCUUUUGCUUGUGAGUGUCGAGAUCAUCUUCGAUGGCUUCGAACGCCUAUGGGAAGGUCACGAGCUCCAACGUCUCAAUGAGCUUCUGAUUGUCAGCAUCCUCGGUUUCAUCGUUAAUAUCGUAGGUCUUGUAGCAUUCGGUCAUGCGCAUCACGGCCAUGGACACGACCAUGGGCAUGAAGGACACGAUCAUGGACAUGGACACUCUCACGACAACGAGAACAUGCAGGGAAUUUUUCUACACAUCCUCGCCGACGCACUCGGCUCAGUCGCCGUCAUCAUUUCUACCUUGCUUACAAAGUAUUAUGGUUGGUCCGGGUGGGAUCCCAUCGCGUCCUGCAUCAUUGCAAUCCUCAUUUUCUUGUCGGCUAUCCCGCUUGUCAAGUCGAGUGGCGCACGACUUAUGCUGAGUCUGCCAAGCGAUGUCGAGUACGGCAUCAGGAAUACUCUAGGAGAACUGGGUACACUGAGAGGGGUCAUUGGGUACGCGGUGCCCAAGUUCUGGCUCGAAGACGAGGGUGCUGCGCACGCGGAAGCACACGCGAAAGAGGACCAUGAUUGUGGAGGUGGACAUAAGCAUGACGACCAUCCACACGACCACCACGAACAUGAUCACUCACAUUCGCACGACCAUGAUCACAGCCACAGCCACGACCAUGGCCACAAUCACUCGCAUAGCCACUCUCACGACCACGGACAUUCGCAUUCGCACUCUCAUGAUCAUCACGACCACGACCACGAUCAUGCGCCCAAGCAACGUCGCAUUCUCGGCGUGAUACACAUCAUCGCUUCCCGUGCCGCAGAUCUAGAAGAUGUUCGGGAGCGCUCACAUCAAUUCCUAAAGGACCGGGGUAUGGAUGUGGUAAUACAUGUGGAGAAAGAGGGCGAGGGGCGGUGUUGGUGUGGAGGUGGAAGUGAGUACAAGAUCAACUGA